UCAUGUGGCCCAGAAGCCGCUUUCCGUUCUGGCGACUGAGGCGUAGAAGGACUAAAAAGGCCACGAUGAGUGCUCGAGUUUCGUUGAGAAGAGGCUUCACCAUCAAAACGCCCACUCCGCCAGACUAGCAGCAUCCGACAUGCCCUCAAUGUAGGCAAGUCGCUCCAUCCUUCCCUGCACAGACAGUUGACCCUCAUUAGACCGCUCAAAGCCCAAAUCGGCAUCCGCGACCACUGGGCCAAGGAAGACAGUCCCCUCCAAAAAUCCCUGCGGGACCUGCAGGAGCUGCUCGGGCACAGUGUCGUGGUCGAACCGGAAUGGCAGCUCCUCAUCGCCGAGCUGGAUGCCGUCUAUGCCGACAAGACCAACCUUGUUGCCGUUGUCGCCGGCUGUGUUCAGGCCUGGUUCAAGAGCAUGAUGGAGCUCCUCGACGACUCGGGGAACGAGGCUUGGACCGAGAAGGUCCUUGAGAAGAUGCAGCGGCGGAUGCAGGUGUUCGUCGACGUCGCCAGCUCCGACAGGGCGUCGACGACGUGGUCUGAAAAGCGCGGCGGGUUUGUGCUGAGCUUGCCCAAGCAGCAGGUCUACCAACCUGCUGAGCUAUUUCGUGUUUUUCGAGAAGGGCUGUUGGCGUGUUUCGAUGAGAAAAAACCGCAGCUGACGCAGAGCAUGGUUGCUGGGGGUGCGGAUAAUUGGGAAGCAGUAGAGAUCGAUGUCCCUACUGGCAAGGCCGAAGUGGUCGAGACGGCCCCGGCGUUGCGGGCAUCGACGCGAUCCAAGGUCGACUUCCUCCCAAAUCUGGCUUCCCUGCCCCGGCCUGACCAGCUGUUUUUGCAACCGCCAUACCAUCUCACCCUCACUCAUGGCCGCCAGGAGAUCGAGUUGCAGUGCAGCCACAGUCCCUCUCUGCAGCUCCUCGCGGAUUACCUGAAGCGUUGGUGUCGAGUGAACCAUGCCGAUACAAGGAACCCGCCUGCCGUCCAGGUCACUCUCCACCAGUCUGCCUUUGGCCUGGGCGAGAUGUUCGACCGACUGACGCUCAACACCGAGGAGACAAGGUACACCAAUCAAUUCACGGUGACAUCCCCAAUGAUCGUGGCCCUGAUUGAGGGAGUGCUUGGAUACGAGUUGGUUUCAACCAAUGGAGCAUGGCAUUUUCGGAAGGACACGGCGUUGAAAGCAUUGUAACAUCGCAUCGUGUAGCAAACCUGAAUACCAUUCACCCCAGCC